CUUGGUUGUAUUAUAAGAUCACACAAGGUGACAUACAUCACACGAAUACAAUAAGAUCCAAAUUACAAAAGUUCCAAAAUUAGCCCCUAUAUUAUCUGCAAUUAAAAAAACACAAAUGGAAGACAAAAGCCUGUGUGCAAUGUUUAUUUAUAGUCAUCUGCCCCAAAAGCAUAUCAAUUUACAGCUGGUACUCACUCUUCUUUUCUUUCUCCCCCUUUCUUCCCCCCUUAAUAAUUUCUCCAUUUCACUCUUUUAUGGUGCUGUCUUUUCUCUUUCUCUCUUUCUGCAUUUCCCACUGAAGGAGGUAGACAGGGAAAAGGCUAAACCACCGCCCAUCUCUCCUCCCUUAUCAUCUCAUUAUUAUUAUUAUUUUCAUCAUUCAUUUCCGGUAACAAUCGGUUGCCAUUGCCCUCUUUUCUUUUCUUUUCUUUUCUCUUUUUUUUUUAUUGUUAAGGUUUACAAUUGAUUCCUCUUGCAAAAUUCCCAGAUCUGUAUGUUGUUGGAUAAUUGUGUUUGAGAAAUGUCAAAAGCGGAUUCGAUUCAAAUCCGAGAGGUGUGGAACGACAAUCUGGAGGAAGAAUUCGAAUUCAUUCGACUUAUCGUUGAUGAUUUUCCAUACGUAGCGAUGGACACCGAGUUUCCAGGGAUCGUUAUUCGCCCCGUUGGUAAUUUCAAAAACACCAAUGAUUAUCAUUACCAGACGUUGAAAGAUAAUGUGGAUAUGUUGAAAUUGAUUCAAUUAGGAUUAACCUUUUCUGAUGAACAAGGGAAUUUACCCACAUUUGGAUCCGAUACAGAUACAGAUACAGAUAAUAGACAUUGUAUAUGGCAAUUCAAUUUCCGGGAAUUUAACAUGAAAGAUGAUGUUUACGCGAACGAUUCGGUCGAGCUUUUGAGAGAGAGCGGUAUAGAUUUUAAGAAGAACAACGAAAAGGGUAUAGAUGUUGGGAGAUUCGGGGAGUUGUUAAUGUCUUCCGGCAUUGUGUUGAACGACAGUGUGUAUUGGGUGACGUUUCACAGUGGGUAUGAUUUUGGUUAUUUGUUGAAGGUUUUGACUUGCAGGAGUCUGCCCGAUACACAAACCGGAUUCUUUAAUUUGAUCAAUAUGUUUUUCCCGACCGUUUAUGACAUUAAGCAUUUGAUGAAGUUUUGUAACAGUCUUCAUGGAGGAUUGAACAAGCUUGCGCAGCUGUUGGAGGUGGAGAGAAUUGGGAUCUGUCAUCAGGCGGGUUCGGAUAGUUUGCUUACUUCGUGUACCUUCAGGAAGUUGAUAGAGAAUUUCUUUAGUGGUUCAUUGGAGAAAUAUGCUGGUGUCUUGUAUGGUUUGGGUGUUGAGAAUUGAAAAAAGUUGAAAAAAAAAACUAAAAAAAAGUUUGAAAAAAUUGUGAAAAAAAAUGGUAGAUGUAUGUUUAAGUUACAAUCUGUGUUGUAAUGGCAUUUGGCACCACAGGUUGUAUACUUAAGGAUAAUUAAUUAAAGGUUAAUAUUUGAUUUUAGAAUUUCUGCUUGA